AUGAAGCUGACUGUGGUGUCCUGUGCCCUGCUGCUGCUCCUGGCCCCGGCCCCCGGCGCGGGCCCCCGGCCUGCCGCAGGGGCCAAGGAGAGCUGCGCCCAGCGCUGUGGGGACAAGAGUGGGCCCUGCUCCUGCCACCCAACCUGCUCCGGCCUGGGCACCUGCUGCUUGGACAUGCGGGACUUCUGCCUGGACAUCCUGCCUUACUCGGGCUCCAUCAUGGGUGGCAAGGACUUCGUGGUACAGCGCCUGCGUACCAGCACCGCUGAUGGCAUCGUCUGCAGGUUUAAGGAGAGCGAGCACACACGUGGCCACGUGGACAGCAGUGGACAAGUGCACUGCGUGUCACCCCUGCUCUACGAGAGUGGCCUCAUCCCCUUCACACUCUCGCUGGACAAUGGCCGCACCUUUGAUCGCUCAGGCAUCUGGCUGGCUGUGCACCCCAGCAAGGUCUCGCAGACAGAGAAGUGCUCGCUGGUGAACGAGACCCACUGGCAAUACUAUGGGACUGCGGGGACCGGGGGGAACCUCACCGUCACCUGGCGCCCCGAGGCGCUGCCCACGCGCCACGUCUCCAUCGAGCUAUGGGGCUAUGAGGAAACAGGGAAGCCGUACUCAGUGGAGUGGACGGCAAAGUGGUCUUACCUGUACAGCCUGGCCACAGACAUCUCCAACUCAGGCACUUACACCUUCACUCCCCAACCCGCGCCAAGUAACUACCAGCGCUGGGAGGUGGGGGCACUGCGUAUCCUGGCCAGCACUCACCGGGCUGGGGAGAGGGACGUGCAGGCGCUCUGGAGCAAUGAGCACGCACUGGCCUGGCACCUGGGUGACGACUUCCGGGCCGACCCCGUGGCCUGGGCUCGUACCCAGUGCCUGGCUUGGGAGAAGCUGGAAGACCACCUGCCUGACUUCCUGGGGGAGCUCCCCGACUGCCCGUGCACGCUGGCCCAGGCCCGCGCUGAUUCCGGACGCUUUUUCACGGACUAUGGCUGUGACAUUGACCAGGGCAGCGUGUGCACCUACCACCCGGGGGCCGUGCACUGCGUGCGCUCGGUGCAGGCCAGCCCCAGCUACGCCUCGGGCCAGCAGUGCUGCUACACAGCACAGGGCACGCAGCUCCUGACGGCGGACUCCACCGGCGGCAGCACCCCGGACCGUGGGCAUGACUGGGGCGCGCCCCCAUUCCUCGUGCCGCCCCGUGUGCCCGGCCUCUCCCACUGGAUCUAUGACGUCAUCAGUUUCUACCAUUGCUGCCUCUGGGCGCCCGAGUGCCACCGCUACAUGAACCGGCGACGCUCCAGCGGCUGCCAAAACUACCAGCCCCCGUACCUAGCCUCCGCCUUCGGGGACCCACACUUCCUCACCUUCGAUGGCACCAACUUCACGUUCAACGGACGUGGCGAAUACGUGCUAUUGGAGGCAGGCCUGACUCAGCUCAGUGUGCAGGGCAGGAGCCAGCCCCGGACCAUGCCCAAUGGCACUCAGGCCCUCGGCACAGAGCUGACCGCAGUAGCGGUCCAGGAAGGCACCUCCUCGGAUGUGGUGGAGGUCCGGCUGGCUGGCGAGGCCAAGACGCCACAGGUGCUACUGAAGCAACGGGUACUCAGCUUUGACGAGCAAAGUUGGAUGGACCUCAAAGGCAUGUUCCUGUCCGUGGGCUCUGACCAUGUGUCCAUCAUGUUGUCCUCCGGGGCUGGCGUGGAGGUUAGCACACAGGGCCCGUCUCUGAGCGUGACCAUCCUGCUACCCGAGAAGUUCCGGAACCACACCCGGGGCCUCCUUGGGACGCUCAACGGCAUCCCCAGUGACGACUUCAUGCUGCGCAAUGGGCGUGUCCUGCCAGCUACCUCCAGUGCCCGGCAGCUGUUCCAGUUUGGGGCUGACUGGGCUGUGCGGAAUGAGUCUUCGCUGUUCACCUACGACUCCCGCGUCUUGGUCAACAACUUCCUCCUGGGGCCCAAGCACGACCCCUCCUACCAGCCCCUCUUUCCUGACGAGGUCACCCCCAGCGCCCAGCUGGUGCACCAGGCAGACACCUUCUGUGAGGGCGACCCCUUCUGCAGCUUUGACGUGGUGGCUACUGGGAGCCUGAGCAUUGGCAACAGCACGAGGGCCGCCCACCAGCUGCACCUGCGACGUGCCCAGAGCCUGCAGCGGGUGGUGUCUUGUGGCUGGAUAGCGCCACCUGCCGAUGGGCGCAAGGAGGGGAUCUCGUACCUGGCGGGCUUCACCGUCCGCUUCAGCUGCAACUCCGGCUACAGCCUGGAGGGGGCAGAGGCCAGCACCUGCCAGGCGGACGGCACCUGGUCCAUGCCCACGCCGAGGUGCCAGCCAGGACGGAGCUACACGGUGCUGCUAAGCGUCAUCUUUGGAGGCCUGGCCGUGACCCUGCUGGGCGUGUUGGUAUUCGUGCUGCUGCGCCGCCGCAAGGGCCACAGGCCACGCCCCAACGUGUCCGCCCAGCCCCAACACGCCAGGCCACGCCCCAACGUGUCCGCCCACCCCAACACGCCAGGCCACGCCCCAACGUGUCCGCCCACCCCAACACGCCAGGCCACGCCCAGCCCGGGUCCCAACACGCCACGCUUCUACCAGACCUACACUCCACAUCUGGGAGUUUUAGCGUGGAGUGUCCGGCCCUACAACCCCAGCAUCUAG